AUGGUGCAUGGGUACCUUGUGUCUGCUGUGGAACAUGGUGCCUCACCGCUGGGCAUCGAGGAUGCAGUGCCUCACCGCUGGGCGUGGAGGAUGCAGUGCCUCACCGCUGGGCGUCGAGGAUGCAGUGCCUCACCGCUGGGCGUCGAGGAUGCAGUGCCUCACCGCUGGGCAUGGAGGAUGCAGUGGCUCACCGCUGGGCGUGGAGGAUGCAGUGCCUCACCGCUGGGCGUCGAGGAUGCAGUGCCUCACCGCUGGGCGUCGAGGAUGCAAUGCCUCACCGCUGGGCGUCGAGGAUGCAGUGCCUCACCGCUGGAGUCGAGGAUGCAGUGCCUCACCGCUGGGCGUCGAGGAUGCAGUGCCUCACCGCUGGGCGUCGAGGAUGCAGUGCCUCACCGCUGGGCGUCGAGGAUGCAGUGCCUCACCGCUGGAGUCGAGGAUGCAGUGCCUCACCGCUGGGCGUCGAGGAUGCAGUGCCUCACCGCUGGGCGUGGAGGAUGCAGUGCCUCACCGCUGGGCGUGGAGGAUGCAGUGCCUCACCGCUGGGCGUCGAGGAUGCAGUGCCUCACCGCUGGGCGUCGAGGAUGCAGUGCCUCACCGCUGGGCGUCGAGGAUGCAGUGCCUCACCGCUGGGCGUCGAGGAUGCAGUGCCUCACCGCUGGGCGUCGAGGAUGCAGUGCCUCACCGCUGGGCGUCGAGGAUGCAGUGCCUCACCGCUGGGCGUCGAGGAUGCAGUGCCUCACCGCUGGGCGACGAGGAUGCAGUGCCUCACCGCUGGAGUCGAGGAUGCAGUGCCUCACCGCUGGGCGUCGAGGAUGCAGUGCCUCACCGCUGGGCGUCGAGGAUGCAGUGCCUCACCGCUGGGCGUGGAGGAUGCAGUGCCUCACCGCUGGGCGUCGAGGAUGCAGUGCCUCACCGCUGGGCGUGGAGGAUGCAGUACCUCACCGCUGGGCGUCGAGGAUGCAGUGCCUCACCGGUGGGCGUCGAGGAUGCAGUGCCUCACCGCUGGGCGUCGAGGAUGCAGUGCCUCACCGCUGGAGUCGAGGAUGCAGUGCCUCACCGCUGGGCGUCGAGGAUGCAGUGCCUCACCGCUGGGCGUCGAGGAUGCAGUGCCUCACCGCUGGGCGUCGAGGAUGCAGUGCCUCACCGCUGGAGUCGAGGAUGCAGUGCCUCACCGCUGGGCGUCGAGGAUGCAGUGCCUCACCGCUGGGCGUGGAGGAUGCAGUGCCUCACCGCUGGGCGUCGAGGAUGCAGUGCCUCACCGCUGGGCGUCGAGGAUGCAGUGCCUCACCGCUGGGCGUCGAGGAUGCAGUGCCUCACCGCUGGGCGUCGAGGAUGCAGUGCCUCACCGCUGGGCGUCGAGGAUGCAGUGCCUCACCGCUGGGCGUCGAGGAUGCAGUGCCUCACCGCUGGGCGUCGAGGAUGCAGUGCCUCACCGCUGGGCGUCGAGGAUGCAGUGCCUCACCGCUGGGCGUGGAGGAUGCAGUGCCUCACCGCUGGGCGUGGAGGAUGCAGUGCCUCACCGCUGGGCGUGGAGGAUGCAGUGCCUCACCGCUGGGCGUGGAGGAUGCAGUGCCUCACCGCUGGGCGUCGAGGAUGCAGUGCCUCACCGCUGGGCGUCGAGGAUGCAGUGCCUCACCGCUGGGCGUGGAGGAUGCAGUGCCUCACCGCUGGGCGUCGAGGAUGCAGUGCCUCACCGGUGGGCGUCGAGGAUGCAGUGCCUCACCGCUGGGCGUCGAGGAUGCAGUGCCUCACCGCUGGGCGUCGAGGAUGCAGUGCCUCACCGCUGGGCGUCGAGGAUGCAGUGCCUCACCGCUGGGCGUCGAGGAUGCAGUGCCUCACCGCUGGGCGUCGAGGAUGCAGUGCCUCACCGCUGGGCGUCGAGGAUGCAGUGCCUCACCGCUGGGCGUGGAGGAUGCAGUGCCUCACCGCUGGGCGUCGAGGAUGCAGUGCCUCACCGCUGGGCGUCGAGGAUGCAGUGCCUCACCGCUGGGCGACGAGGAUGCAGUGCCUCACCGCUGGAGUCGAGGAUGCAGUGCCUCACCGCUGGGCGUCGAGGAUGCAGUGCCUCACCGCUGGGCGUCGAGGAUGCAGUGCCUCACCGCUGGGCGUGGAGGAUGCAGUGCCUCACCGCUGGGCGUCGAGGAUGCAGUGCCUCACCGCUGGGCGUGGAGGAUGCAGUACCUCACCGCUGGGCGUCGAGGAUGCAGUGCCUCACCGGUGGGCGUCGAGGAUGCAGUGCCUCACCGGUGGGCGUCGAGGAUGCAGUGCCUCACCGCUGGGCGUCGAGGAUGCAGUGCCUCACCGCUGGGCGUCGAGGAUGCAGUGCCUCACCGCUGGGCGUGGAGGAUGCAGUGCCUCACCGGUGGGCGUCGAGGAUGCAGUGCCUCACCGGUGGGCGUCGAGGAUGCAGUGCCUCACCGCUGGGCGUCGAGGAUGCAGUGCCUCGCCGCUGGGCGUCGAGGAUGCAGUGCCUCACCGCUGGGCGUUGAGGAUGCAGUGCCUCACCGCUGGGCGUCGAGGAUGCAGUGCCUCACCGCUGGGCGUCGAGGAUGCAGUGCCUCACCGCUGGGCGUCGAGGAUGCAGUGCCUCACCGCUGGGCGUCGAGGAUGCAGUGCCUCACCGCUGGGCGUCGAGGAUGCAGUGCCUCACCGCUGGGCGUGGAGGAUGCAGUGCCUCACCGGUGGGCGUCGAGGAUGCAGUGCCUCACCGGUGGGCGUCGAGGAUGCAGUGCCUCACCGGUGGGCGUCGAGGAUGCAGUGCCUCACCGCUGGGCGUCGAGGAUGCAGUGCCUCGCCGCUGGGCGUCGAGGAUGCAGUGCCUCACCGCUGGGCGUCGAGGAUGCAGUGCCUCACCGCUGGGCGUCGAGGAUGCAGUGCCUCACCGCUGGGCGUCGAGGAUGCAGUGCCUCACCGCUGGGCGUCGAGGAUGCAGUGCCUCACCGCUGGGCGUCGAGGAUGCAGUGCCUCACCGCUGGGCGUGGAGGAUGCAGUGCCUCACCGCUGGGCGUCGAGGAUGCAGUGCCUCACCGCUGGGCGUGGAGGAUGCAGUGCCUCACCGCUGGGCGUCGAGGAUGCAGUGCCUCACCGCUGGGCGUGGAGGAUGCAGUGCCUCACCGCUGGGCGUGGAGGAUGCAGUGCCUCACCGCUGGGCGUCGAGGAUGCAGUGCCUCACCGCUGGGCGUCGAGGAUGCAGUGCCUCACCGCUGGGCGUCGAGGAUGCAGUGCCUCACCGCUGGGCGUCGAGGAUGCAGUGCCUCACCGCUGGGCGUCGAGGAUGCAGUGCCUCACCGCUGGGCGUCGAGGAUGCAGUGCCUCACCGCUGGGCGUCGAGGAUGCAGUGCCUCACCGCUGGGCGUCGAGGAUGCAGUGCCUCACCGCUGGGCGUCGAGGAUGCAGUGCCUCACCGCUGGGCGUCGAGGAUGCAGUGCCUCACCGCUGGGCGUCGAGGAUGCAGUGCCUCACCGCUGGGCGUCGAGGAUGCAGUGCCUCACCGCUGGGCGUCGAGGAUGCAGUGCCUCACCGCUGGGCGUCGAGGAUGCAGUGCCUCACCGCUGGGCGUCGAGGAUGCAGUGCCUCACCGCUGGGCGUCGAGGAUGCAGUGCCUCACCGCUGGGCGUCGAGGAUGCAGUGCCUCACCGCUGGGCGUCGAGGAUGCAGUGCCUCACCGCUGGGCGUCGAGGAUGCAGUGCCUCACCGCUGGGCGUCGAGGAUGCAGUGCCUCACCGCUGGGCGUCGAGGAUGCAGUGCCUCACCGCUGGGCGUCGAGGAUGCAGUGCCUCACCGCUGGGCGUCGAGGAUGCAGUGCCUCACCGCUGGGCGUCGAGGAUGCAGUGCCUCACCGCUGGGCGUCGAGGAUGCAGUGCCUCACCGCUGGGCGUCGAGGAUGCAGUGCCUCACCGCUGGGCGUCGAGGAUGCAGUGCCUCACCGCUGGGCGUCGAGGAUGCAGUGCCUCACCGCUGGGCGUCGAGGAUGCAGUGCCUCACCGCUGGGCGUGGAGGAUGCAGUGCCUCACCGCUGGGCGUCGAGGAUGCAGUGCCUCACCGCUGGGCGUCGAGGAUGCAGUGCCUCACCGCUGGGCGUCGAGGAUGCAGUGCCUCACCGCUGGGCGUCGAGGAUGCAGUGCCUCACCGCUGGGCGUGGAGGAUGCAGUGCCUCACCGCUGGGCGUCGAGGAUGCAGUGCCUCACCGCUGGGCAUCGAGGAUGCAGUGCCUCACCGCUGGGCGUCGAGGAUGCAGUGCCUCACCGCUGGGCGUCGAGGAUGCAGUGCCUCACCGCUGGGCGUCGAGGAUGCAGUGCCUCACCGCUGGGCGUCGAGGAUGCAGUGCCUCACCGCUGGGCGUCGAGGAUGCAGUGCCUCACCGCUGGGCGUCGAGGAUGCAGUGCCUCACCGCUGGGCGUCGAGGAUGCAGUGCCUCACCGCUGGGCGUCGAGGAUGCAGUGCCUCACCGCUGGGCGUCGAGGAUGCAGUGCCUCACCGCUGGGCGUCGAGGAUGCAGUGCCUCACCGCUGGGCGUCGAGGAUGCAGUGCCUCACCGCUGGGCGUCGAGGAUGCAGUGCCUCACCGCUGGGCGUGGAGGAUGCAGUGCCUCACCGCUGGGCGUCGAGGAUGCAGUGCCUCACCACUGGGCGUCGAGGAUGCAGUGCCUCACCGCUGGGCGUCGAGGAUGCAGUGCAGGCGCAGGUAGACGGCGUACUUGUCCGUGAACUCCGCGUGGUACCCCGCGUACCUGCCACCCCCGCCCCCCCCCACCAUGAAUCAUGUGCUCCGUCAGAAUGCAGCGUUCUGGGCAGGCAUGGCAUGCAGUGGUGGUGUGUGCUGCUAUGGUACACAGUGGUGUGA